GUGUUGCGUGAUCACUGAGCGUCCCUUUAGUCGUCCCGCGGGGCUGAUGGCAAACACUUGCAAGAAAACAGAAAACUGCAUUUUGACGUUAAAAACAAAGAAAAUAAGGACUUGGAAACGGAAUCCUUCACUUCUUCUUUUUCAGUUUUGCACCACUCAAAGACGUUACUUUUUCUUUUCUUGGUAAGCGAAGUCAAGUAGCAGCUUUUCACUUUCCCUGUUUCUAUUUAAAUAGAAAUAGAAACAGAAAUCUCCCAGCCAGCAACCUUCAAAUCCUCUUGUGUUUUUGGAAUUUCUCUGGGUUUCUUCUGUUUUUCGGGGGCAAACACUAUUUAAAGGGUUUAUUCGAAAAACGUAAAGUAUGUCGUAGCUAGAUUGCGAAAUAGAUACUACUACUUGUCUAGUAUCAUAAUGGUCCACGUUAUGGGAGAUGAGGAGUCAAUAUCAUCAUGGGUUAAACCAUUGGGAAGAUUGUCUGUGCUCUACUAUGGAGUUGGUCACAUGCUGAAUGACAUCACGUCGGCAUGUUGGUUUACAUAUCUCUUAAUGUUCUUGACAGAUAUUGGAUUAUCCCCAAGGGAUGCAGCUAUAGUUAUGCUUUCUGGCCAAGUUGCUGAUGGAUUUACAACUAUAUUUGCUGGAGAGCUGAUAGACAGGUUUGGACAUUUCAAGAUAUGGCAUGCUGCAGGAUCAAUUUUGGUUGCCAUUUCCUUCUCUUCUGUUUUUGGUGGUUGUAUUCCUUGUGACAUAGUCGGAUCCAAUUCAUCUACAAUGCAAACAGUUGGAUACAGCAUGUUUGCUGCAAUUUUUAACGUGGGUUGGGCUGUUACCCAGGUUUCCCAUAUGUCUAUGGUAAACUGCAUCACACUGGAUUCAAGUAGCAGGGUUGUGCUAGCUAGUUGCCGCAAUGCUUUUACAAUGGUGGCCAACCUCAGCUUAUACGCAGUUGCCUUAGCUGUGUUUCAUUUUAGGAUAGCUGUUACCAAACUUGAUAUUGAAGAUCAGUACCGCUGGAUUGCAUAUGUUUCUAUUUUCAUUGGGUGCUGCUUUGUUGGAGUGUUUCUUAUUGGAACCAAAGAACCAAGAUCUAGACGUGGAGGUGAAGGGAAAAUUCAUCAAAGGAUACCUUGGGAUUACUGGUUUAAGAAAGUUCUGUAUUACCAAGUUGCGCUAGUUUACAUGCUCACUCGGCUGAUAACAAAUGUUUCACAGGCUUUUCUUGCAUUCUAUGUCAUCAAUGAUCUGCAAAUGGCUCAAUCAUCCAAGGCUUUGGUACCUGCUAUAAUCUACGUUUGCAGUUUCGUCGUAUCUAUCAUUCUACAGGAAAUGAAGUGGACUAGUAGCCGUCUUAAGGCGGGUUUCACUGCUGGAAGCAUUAUGUGGAUACUCUCUGGUGCAGGGAUACUUAUUCUUCCCAGCAGCUUGUAUGGGUUUAUCUAUCUUCUCUCAGUAAUUAUUGGUGUUGCCAACGCCUUAAUGACGGUGACAGGCAUUAGCAUGCAAAGUGUGCUUGUCGGAGAAGAUCUUAAUGGUUGUGCAUUUGUUUACGGUUCAUUGAGCUUCUUGGACAAAAUGUCAUGUGGUCUUGCUCUGUAUGUUCUUGAAUCGUAUCAACAAACUUCACCAAUCAUCGAGAGUUGUAAUUCGGUCAUGGGCUGUGUUUCAAUCACAAGAUACGGUUUGGGUCUUGUUCCUGCGUCCUGUGCAGUUAUCGGCUUAGUCGUUAUAUUCACCAUGGACCUCGACAGAACAACCAUUUCAAGACCUUUGAUUCAGCCACUGUUGGCGUAAGAGGAGAGAAUUAUCGCUCUCUCUCUCUCCCCCUUUCUUUUGGCUUAUAUUUUAUCAUUUGUAUAUAUCCACUUACUUGUACAAUGUAAAGUCCUCAUUGAAUUGUACAGCAAAAGUGAUAUUUAUGUUGCAAAAUAAGAAUUUAAUCCUCAAAAA